UGUGUUUUUCCUGUCGUUGAAUAACAAAACGGAUUUUUUUUUUGUUUGUUUUUCGAGUUUAUUUCAUUGAUCAUUGAUCGUCUAUAUGUGAAAAUAUUCGGUGUUGUUUAUUUUGAUAUUUUACAAAAAUCAACCAAUAAUGGCAACGAAUGAAAAUGUUGCUGAUGUUGGUGGUGGAAUUUCAACAACAACAACAACAGCAACAACAACAACGUCAUUAUCAUCAUCAACGAAAAUCGCUACCGUAGAAUCGUCAUUACCAAUCGCAACAUCAUCAUCAUCAUCAACAUAUAAAUUACAAUUUGAAUCUUAUUAUAAACAUCUUUCAAAUUCAUUAGUACGUUUAUUAGCCGAACAACAUUAUUGUGAUUGUCAUAUAUCAACGGGUUUUCAUCGUCCAUUAAUACGUGCACAUCGUUUAAUAUUAUCAUCAUUUUCACCAUAUUUUCAACAAUUAUUUGAUUCAUUACAAAUAACAUCAGAAAUAUCGGAUAAACCUGGUUCAACAUAUUUUCCAAUUAUUAUUAUUAAAGAUUUUAGUUAUGAAACUAUUUGUCAUAUUGUUGAAUUCUGUUAUCAAGGUGAAAUAACUGUACGACAGGAACAUUUGGAUGAAGUGAUACAGGCGGCAAAUUUUUUUCAAAUUCAAGGCGUUCAAGAAUGGAAUAUUCGUUGCUGUUCGACGACGACAACGACCAAUACGACUAAAACAUCAACAAAUAAUAUCUCAUCACCAUCAUUAAGAAAUAGUAUGGGAAAUUUUAAGAAACGUAUACUUAACAGCAGCCAAAAGGAUGGUCAUCAUCAAUCAACAACAAUGAUUGAUAGCGAUCCUUUUUUAUCAUCGUUAAAUCAUAACAUAAAUUCAAAUCAAACCGAUUUGAAAUUAAUUAAUUCAUCAGAUAAUCAUUCAACAACAACCAAAAAUCAUGAUACAACAAAAGAUUCGAAUAACAAUCUCAACCCUUCUGAAUCAGAUCCGUUACAUUCCAAAUUAUUAUCAGAUCGAUCAUCAUCAUCAUCAUCAUCUACAACAAUGGAUAAUCCACCACAAUCAGAUAUGGACGAUUAUGCCCAUCAAUUAAUGACCAAGCGGAAACGUUCAUCAGAAUCGAUUACAACAGCCUCACCUUCAUCCAUCGAAAACUCAUCAGUACAAGGAUCUCAAUUAAUAAACAAUGUUGCAUUCGAAACAAGAAAAAAAGUCAAAUUAGAAACGGAAAACACGAAACAUGAUUCACAAGAAGAGAUAAAAUCAACAAAUUCAUCAAGUCAACAAAUUCGAUCUCAAUUAUUGUUGAAAAUAAAAUCGGGAAAAAUAUUCAAAAAAGAACAUGAUUUUGACAAUGAACUGAUUAUAGAUGAUUCGAAAUCGGAUGAUGUUAGAAAAGAAAAACAAAAUAAGAAUGAAGAUGAUGAUGAAGAAGAAGAGAUAAAUGUUGUCGAUGAUGAUAAACCAUCAUCACCAUAUAAAGGUGAUAAUAAUGCUGAAAGAAAAAAUGGUGUUCAUUCCAAACCAACAACCAAUGGACGAAUGAAUAAAUAUUCGAAUAAAAAAGGUUCAUCCGCCUACAAAAAUAACAAAACUGGUGGCAUAUCUAAUUUAGUCAUAUCAAGUGAAGACGAUGACGAUAAUGACGAUGAUCUAGUCAAUGAUAGUUUUGAUGAUGAUCUUGUCGAUGAUGAUGGAUACUAUGAAACUGAUGAUUCAGCAAAUGGUGUUGAUUUAUCCAUUAAUCGUUCAUCCGUACGAAAUGGUUCUGCCAACAUGAGUAAUGGCGGCGAUAAUACUGUUAAACAAGAUCGUCAUAAUCGAAAAAAUAAAAAUCGUCGCAAUUCAUCAAUAUAUGAUGAUCUUCUUAAGAAAUGUAGUAGCAACAAUAAUCUAAUACACUCUGAUCCGGUGACAUCAAUGUCUAACGGGUUAGUAUUACCCACAUCAUCAACUGUAACAUCUACAGAAUCAUCAGCAUCAUCGUUUGCCGCGGCAGCAGCCGCAGCUGCUGCAGCUGUUGCUGCUGCACGUAUUCAGAUGAUGUCACAAAUGUUUUCGGCUUCAAAUCAAUCAACAACCACCGCUAAUAAUUCACUAUUGAAUGCAACAUCAGCUUUUACAGCUAAUGGAACUCCAAAUUCACUUUCGAAUGAACGAUCCACACCAUUGAGCCUGUCAACUUCACCAACAUCAGUAUAUGGAUCAUGUUCAUUUCCUGCUAGUGUUACAUCAACAUUAUCUACGGCAGCCGCUCGUGCAAUUGCUGCAACAACAUUGGCCACAUUUGGACCAUCGCCAUCAUUAGGUGUUGAUCAUUCCUCAGCAGCAGCAGCAGCAGCAUUGGCACCAUUUUCAGCAUUUAAUACGAAUUUAUUUAUGGCCGCAGCAGCUGCAAGUCAACAAAAUUCUACAAUAUCCGGUAUUCAACAACUACCACCGCAAUCAACACCAUCACCCGCUCCAUCUGCAAGCGGAUCUACAGGUUCGAGCGGUGGCGAAAAACGUGGUCGUGGUCGUCCACCUAAAUAUGGAGGAAGUUGCAAUAGCAGUAGUAAAUCAAAUAGGACCAAUGAUAAUGGUUCGAAUUCAAAUCUGAACAAUUCAUUGGAUACAUCAUCACCGUUUCCAGGAUUAUUCUUUCCAUCAACAAUGACCAAUAAUCAUAAUCAUGAUCAUUCAGCAUCAUCAUCACCACAACCAUCCCAGAUUUUAUCAUCAUCUAAUAAUUCCAAAUCUAAUGGUUCUCACAAUAAACACAAUGGAUCAUUAUCAUCGCCCAAUGGAAAAACAGUAUCUACAACGGCAGCAACUACAGUAACUACUGCAGCAUCUUCAACAUCAUCAUCUUCAUCGUCAUCAUCAUCUUCGUCAUCAUCAUCAUCAGCCGUAGUUAUUAACCAGAAUCGUUCUAGACGUGGACGACCACCAACAUUAUCCGUUGAUGAUAUGGUACAACGUUUACAUUCUGGUCGAGAAAAAGCCGGACAAAAACAAUGUCCACAUUGUCCACAAGUUUACUAUGGUUAUCAUGCAAUGCAUGAUCAUAUUACAUCUGUACAUCUUAAUUCAAAUGAAAAAUAUCCAUGCCAUUUAUGCGAUAAAGAAUAUUCAUGGCGUAUAACAUUGCGAAAACAUUUGAAAUCACAACAUGGUGUACAUCCAGAUAUUCUCAACUGAAAAUUCAAAAAAUGACUAGUUUUAUAUAGAUAAUUUAUUUGCAAUAUUUUUUUUUCUCUACAUCUCACCUUAUAUAAAUUUUGUUUUCAAAUCACUUAUCAUUUUUUACAAUAAA